CACCGGGAAAUAGACGCGUAUUUUUACAUCCCGGGAGUUUCAGUGAAGUAUUUUGUGGUUUUUAGCAAGAAAUUUCACACAACGAUGGCCUACGAUGCAACACAUGAUGAUGGUCCAGGAUUCGUUGGUAUCCGUUUCUGUCAGGAAUGCAACAACAUGCUGUACCCAAAGGAAGAUAAGGAAAAUAAAAUUCUGCUCUAUGCCUGUCGCAACUGCGAUUACAAGCAGGAGGCAGACUCGAACUGUAUCUAUGUAAACAAAAUUAUGCACGAAAUCGAUGAACUGACGCACAUUGUACCGGACGUAAUAUCGGAUCCCACGCUGCCGCGCACUGAGGAGCAUGCUUGCCCGAAAUGUUCUCACCGUGAAGCAGUCUUCUUUCAGGCACAGACCCGCCGAGCUGAGGAGGAAAUGAGGCUGUACUAUGUGUGCACCAACUCUUCCUGCUGUCAUCGGUGGACGGAAUGAGCUUCAUGCAUCAUUUGCUGGAUUAUACUCUCAUGGAAGUAUUAAAGAUAAAAUAAAUAUUUUCUCAAGUUCAUCUUUUUUGGUGAA